CACGGCUAACAGGCUAACAACAACAACAACAACAUAGCUCAGCCUGUAGCUUCUUGUUGUUUUGUCAGUUAGUUCAGCUGAAGUUUUAUUUUUUUUACGCUUUGAACUCGUGUCUCAAUUUGACAUUUGACUCUUCAACAAGCCUGAGUUCAAGCGACAGUUCCUUCUUUCCCUCCAUCCUCCGAGUUAACUGUGCGUCGGGUGUAGUCAGCUCGUCUCGUUCAAGCUAGGCCUGACGAGACGAGAAGCGAGAGCUCCUCAUCAAACUCAUUGAGAUAAAUAAAAGCUCCAGUCGUUGGACAUUAACCCUCCAGAGGAGCUUGUCCGUGUGUCCUCAGAAUGAGAGGCUCGCACGGGGACAGAGAUCGAGACCGCGGCCGUGACAGAGGCAGCCCUCGUUUCGGGUCCAGCAGAGGAGGCCCACCGCCGGGUAAAAAGUUUGGGAACCCUGGGGACCGUUUACGAAAGAAGAGGUGGGACCUGGAUGAGCUUCCCAAAUUUGAGAAGAACUUCUACAACGAGCAUCCCGAAGUGCAGCGAAUGAGCCAGUAUGAUCUUGAGGAGUAUCGCAGGAAGAAAGAAAUCACCAUCCGAGGUUCAGGCUGCCCAAAGCCUGUCACCAACUUCCACCAGGCACAUUUUCCCCAGUACGUAAUGGAUGUGCUGAUGCAGCAGAACUUCAAGGAGCCCACAGCCAUUCAGGCACAAGGUUUCCCCCUGGCCCUUAGUGGGAGAGACAUGGUGGGCAUUGCUCAGACUGGCUCUGGGAAGACCUUAUCGUAUCUUCUGCCUGCAAUUGUGCACAUCAACCAUCAGCCUUACUUGGAGCGAGGGGACGGACCCAUUUGUUUGGUUCUGGCCCCAACAAGAGAACUGGCGCAGCAGGUCCAGCAGGUGGCAUAUGACUAUGGAAAGUCAUCACGCAUCAAAAGCACUUGUGUGUAUGGGGGUGCUCCCAAGGGACCUCAAAUCCGAGACCUGGAGAGAGGUGUUGAGAUCUGCAUCGCCACUCCAGGUCGUUUGAUUGACUUACUCGAGGCUGGAAAGACCAAUCUGCGGCGCUGCACAUAUCUAGUUCUCGAUGAAGCUGACCGCAUGUUGGACAUGGGCUUUGAACCACAGAUUCGCAAAAUUGUGGAUCAGAUUCGGCCGGACAGACAGACCCUCAUGUGGAGUGCUACCUGGCCUAAAGAGGUUCGCCAGCUGGCAGAGGACUUCCUGAAAGACUACGUCCAGAUUAACGUUGGAGCGCUGGAACUCAGUGCCAACCACAACAUCCUACAGAUAGUUGACGUCUGUAUGGAGAAUGAGAAGGACCAGAAGCUGAUCCAACUGAUGGAGGAAAUCAUGGCUGAGAAAGAGAACAAGACCAUCAUAUUUGUGGAGACCAAGAAGAGAUGUGAUGACCUCACACGCAGAAUGAGACGUGAUGGGUGGCCAGCGAUGUGUAUUCAUGGCGACAAGAGUCAGCCAGAGAGAGACUGGGUGUUGACAGAGUUUCGUAGUGGCAAAGCUCCCAUCCUCAUCGCUACUGAUGUGGCCUCACGUGGUUUGGAUGUGGAGGACGUCAAGUUUGUCAUCAAUUAUGACUAUCCCAACUCAUCGGAGGACUACAUCCAUCGCAUUGGGCGUACAGCGCGCAGCACCAAUAAAGGCACUGCCUACACCUUCUUCACUCCAGGGAACCUCCGCCAGGCCCGUGAGCUGAUCCGGGUGCUGGAGGAGGCCCGACAGGCCAUCAAUCCCAAACUGCUGCAGCUGGUGGACACUGGCCGUGGAGGAGGCGGAGGAGUUGGCCGUCCCCGUUUCCGUGGCACCUCCAAUUCUAACAAUCCCAACCUGAUGUACCAGGACGAGUGUGAUCGGAGAAUGCGCUCUGCAGGUGGGGGGGGCGGCGGCAGCGGCUCCAAGGACAGUCGCGGCAGCAGCAACUACAGUCGCGACAACCGAGACAGUCGUGGUGGAAGUGGCCGGGACGGGGAUCGCUCCUCCUCCUCCUCCUCAUAUAGAGAUCGCAGCAGCAGGGAUGGAGGACGCAGCUACAGCUCCAGCUCGUAUGACCAGUACCAGAACAACAGCAGCAGCAGCGGCCCGUACAGCAGCUCCAGGAACGCCUCUGGCUCAGGGGGCAGCCCCACUCCAUCAUCGGUUCCCCAACCUCUGAUGGCCCAGCAGUUCAACCCUCCCCAGCCCAUGAUGGGCCUGAUGGGACACUCACCAUUCCAGUUCGCUCCUCCACCUCCCCCUCCUCCAGCAGGUAGAAAGUAAUGUGAUCUGGGCAACACGCAACACGCAACACACACACACACACACACACA